UGCAAAGAGGAAACCACACUUUCACUCAUAAGCAAUUUGGUAGUACGCCCAGAACAUUGCUCGGCAAACUAGAAGGAGUGAUACACUAUGUCAGUUUCAAGAGCUUCCCAUCAGAGACUGAAAGAGUUAGAUUCUGCAGCACUCAAACCCACAGAUUAGCUUCGAGAUGAACUACUCUGCGAUUGUACUGAUUCUCACUGGAGCCGUUUGCACUUCUGCAGAAAUUUAUCAUGAAAUUCACUUUAUCUACGGAUGCUUUGAGUCAAGUGAUCCUGCGGUGGGACUUGAGAUUAAUGGAGAUGAAGUCUUCUAUGGCGACUUCAAUAAAAACAGUAAUACGUGUCUAAUAGCAGAUGUAGUGUUUACAUUACCUAAAUCCAUAUCUAUUACACCAGAGGACAAAGAAAGGGCUUGUGAAUAUGCUACCAUUAGCAGAGUUUGGUGCAAAAACUGCAUCGCAUGGGGCAAACAGUCUGAACCGAAAAUACCAAAAAUCAAAGAUGCCCCUGAGAGCACCAUCUACCCCAGGGAUGAGGUGGAACUGGGGGUGGAGAACACCCUCAUCUGCUUUGUGAAUGAUUUCUUUCCCCCACCUGUCAAAGUCAAUUGGACCAAGAAUGGAAUGGAGGUGACUGAGGGAUUGUCUCUCAGUCGUUACUAUCCUAAUAAAGAUGGAACGUUCCACCAGUUCUCCAGCCUGAGUUUCACCCCACAAAAGGAAGACGUCUACAUCUGCGCUGUGGCGCACACGGCCCUGAAGGACCCCAAAACCAGGGAAUAUAAGGUCAGUGGGUCCAGUGUUGGUCCUGGUCCUGCUGUAUUCUGUGGAGUGGGCCUCACUCUUGGGCUGCUGGGGGUGGCUACUGGAAUGUUCUUCAUCUACAAAGGAAAGAGAGCCACUGAGUCUCAUGAAUAAAGAUGGGAAGUGAGGCACUGGACUAGAGCGAUCUAGCCAUUACGAUUUGAGCCAUUAAGUGUCAUAAUCAUCACAUUAAAUUCUGCACAAUAUUGGUAAAUCAGUCAAAACUGUACGCCAUUACUCGCUGUUGAUUUCUGUCUAUUCAAAAAGUGUAGAAGGUGAAUUUUAUUUUUUAGAAGUGUUUUUUUUUACAAUAAAAAAAUACAUAAAUUGGGA